AUGGAAACCUCCGCCCUUGAAGCUACUAAUGUGGAAACCGCGUUUUUGACGAUCUUAACAGAGAUUUAUCGUAUAAUCAUCAAGAAAUCAUUAACAGCUGAUGAUGAUGCAGAUGGGAAUUCAAGUCUCUUAAAGGGAACUAGAAUUAUCAUCCUGAGUGAGCAGGAGAGUGGGAAAAGGGGUGGAUGUUGCGGAAAAUCUUGA